AUGGUGAAGACAUGCAAUGAUGUGCAUGCAUGUACAAAUGACGGGUUUAGUAGAGUGAUCAAGAGUGGAGUCCUUGCUCAGUUGUUCUUGAAUGACAUUAGGAAGGAUCCGACAUUCAAGGCUAAGAUGAUGCAAGAUGCGAUUGAGGAGCGUUACACAAUAGUUGCUACUUAUGAUCAGUGCCGGACAGCUAGAGCAAAAGCAUUAAAGAUGAUUCAAGAGGAAUAUGGAUCAAAUCCGGGUUCAACAGUGGACGUUGGAACAAUGACUGAUGAUGCUGGUAUCGUCAAGUUUGAUAGGUUUUAUGUCUGCUUUGAAGCCCUUCGGAAAACUUGGCUUGCAUAUUGUCGGCCAAUAAUUGGCAUAGAUGGCUGCUUCUUAAAAAACGGUGUGAAAGGACAACUGUUGGCAGCUGUAGGAAGAGAUGCCAACAAUCAGUUCUAUCUGGUUGCUUGGGCAGUUUUGCAAACAGAGAACUUUGAUGCUUGGUUGUGGUUCAUUAAGAAGCUGAAGGUUGAUUUGAAGCUUGAAGAUGGUGAUGGAUUUACCCUUAUUUCUGAUAGAAAAAAGGGCUUGCUCAAUGUUGUUGAUCAAGAGUUACCAAAGGUGGAACACCGGAUGUGUGCACGCCAUAUCUAUGGUAAUCUUAGAAGGUAUAACAGAGCCAUUGACGAAUUGAAGAAGUUUGAUGAAGGAGUGUAUGAGGUUGUUAUGCAAAGGAAUCCGCGAAACUGUAGUCGUGCCUUCUUCAGCUGCAAAUCAAGUUGUGAAGAUGUUUCUAACAACUUUUCUGAGUCUUACAACAAUGCUAUCAAUAAAGCACGAGAGAUGCCAUUAGUGGAGAUGUUGGAGACAAUAAGAAGACAAACUAUGAUGCAUAUAGAUGUGAGGCUUAAAAAACCAAUGAAACGUCAAGGGAAAUACACUCUCAAAGUCGCCAACACCAUCAAGAAGGAAGAGCUUUUACGAAAGUAUUUUCAGGUAAUUCCUUGUGGAAAUGGGCAGUAUGAGGUUCUCGAAAACAAACAUGGAUUCAAGGUUGAUAUGAAUGCAAAGACAUGUGCAUGUCGAAGAUGGAAUAUGAUAGGUAUCCCUUGCCGCCAUGUUUUAAGAGUCAUAUUGACCAAGAAGCACAACCCUGAGGAUUAUGUGAACUGUGAUUGGUACUUGGCAUCAACAAAUGUCAAGAUUUACUCAAUCGAUCUCAGCAGUUAA